AUGAGGUUGUUACUAUUACUCCUAAGUCUGUGCUGGAGUGCAGUCUGGGCGACUGAGAGAGCUAAUUUGGAAGAAGACAAGAAAGAUGAAUGACAAGGGAAAUUUUGUGAUUUUGAGACACAUAAAUAGAGAACUUACAACUCCAGCUUAUUAUUUCCCUCUUGUGCUUGAAAAUGCAGGAGAUACAGAGAUAAAAUCGAUAAUUGAUGUUUCAGGUGACAUAAUUGUGUGUGGGCUCAUGAACGGAGGGUACAAUAAUUACUCUGGAAAUGUAUUUGCACUCAAAAUGGAUCCCAAUGGAAAAAUUACAGCUUUCAAAAUAUAUGGAUAUCUUACUUAUACAGCAAUCAACGUGCAAUGACAUCCAGAUCCGGCUGGCUUUGUGAUGAUUUUUGCUGGAACUUUACAGACAGUCAAAAAUUAUGUUGACAGCAAUCUUACAGUUACUGUUUCAAUGGUUCAAGCAUUAGCUGCAAAUUACUACCUCGUCACCUCUCAUUAUGAUUCUAAUGGGCUCGCAUUUUAUCACACUAAUGAUACUGAUUUCUUAUUCUCAUGUCAUGAGCUUAUCACAGACACUGGUGGUAAAUAUCUCAACUUGUCCCAAUCAGGCCAGGUAUUCAAGCACUCUGAUCACGUGGUUGGUCACAUUGACUAUCACAUUGGAAUGGUUACUUAUGGAUCAGCAGGUUCUACAGAACUUUUGUUAUACAAGAUGAAAACCGCAGAUUGUAGCGAUAUCACUUGGAAAAUAUUAUCUACAACACUUACUAACAUUGUCCAAGACAUGGAUCAACUACAUAUCGAAAAGACUGCUUAUGGGAAUCUUCUUACAGUGUUAAUGAAUGCAGAUUCUACUUCAGAUCAACAAUUUAUAUUCUGGGAUAUAGACACACUAACUUUCUCACAUUCCUUCUAUUAUACUCCUCCUUUCUUUGCUACAUCCAUAAACACAAUAUAUACUGGGUCUGAAUAUAGAGUUAUUGUAAUCGGUAUGAGUUCCUCCAAGCAUCACUUGGUAUCUAUGAUCUAUGACCCUGCUGUCCCUUCUCUAACAAUGUCUGCAUAUAAAACUCUAACAGGAACAACUGUGUAUACAAAUUCGAUCCUUGCAAUCUUCAAUGGGGCCCAUUACGGUGUUUUGACUGCGAAUCAUUUCGGUUCUGGUAACAAUACUAGUUAUAAAAACCCUGCGAUCAUCAAAUUUGGGAAUGAUCUCACAAUGGUUGACGGAUGCUAUGAGUGGGUCACUGAGACAACAGUAACUCUUAAUGUUGGGCCAGCUUUAACAGUUACAGACGAAGCUCAUCCAACUAUUAACAAUCCACUUCUCUCAUACAGCAAUUCAAUUGGCUCUCUUAAUACUUAUGAUAAAUUCGAAACCUUCCCAUUCUAUUUCAAAGCAGAUGGGUCCAGAACAGACAGCUCUUCAGCCACUUGUGCUCUUGAGAUGCCAGCUAUAGAUACUACAUUCACUCACUUGACAGAGUAUUGGGGCUCUGACAGCUCUAUUGUGUGGAAUGUCACUGCCACAAGUCCUUCUAAUGUACCCUAUACUAUAACAGUCUUUGUGGACAAUGACAAUGUGACUCUUCCUUCUAUGUUCACAAUUGAUGACACCAACAUAUCUCCUUACGGGUUUAUUCUGCUGAAUAUGGACUUCACCUUGAUGCCUAUGACUGACUUAAACACUACUUAUGAGAUAACUCUGAAACCCCUGGUCUGGGACCUUAGCUCGACUGAGACAACAAAUCAUAGCGUAAACAUUACAGUCGUUCCAGAACCUCUCAUUACUGGAGGUGUUUUCAAUUCAAAUGAGAAAAUCUACCAAAACUGGUAUUCCAAUUUAGAAUAUCAAAGUAAAAGGGAAAUCGAUGGAACACCUUCAGGUGUAACUGUUGAGUGAAGAUUAAAAUCAAACGACUCAUUGGUAGAUUACGCAAAAAUUUCUGAUGACUUCACUAAAUUACUCACUAACCAAAAUGAUAUUUCAUUUAUUGGUCAAAAGAUAGAAUAUUAUGUAAAAAUAUAUCAUACUCUUGCAGAAGUGAGGACUUAUGAUUUCAAUAUAACUUAUUCUGCUAAUAAUCCUCCAGUUUUCUCCACAUCAAUGACAAAUCCAGCUAUUCCAUGAGAAACUAAUAUUAAUGUGACUUUACCAGACGUUGAUGACGAAGGUGAUCAGAUAGUAUUCAGUAUUACAAGUCUCCCUGGCUCAUUACCAGAUUUUACAAAAGAGUUCUUUGUCGAAACUCCUAAUCUUAUGAAUAUCGCAGGAAUUUCAUGAGAUUAUACAGGAACCCACAUUGGUUUGAAACUCAAAGUUAAAGAUUUUGCUACUACAGUAGAAUUAUCAAACGAAAUCACUUUUAAUAUGACUAUAAACCCUAGGCCAGUGUCUAAUUAUUCCUGGACAGAUCAAACCAAAGUUGUGUAUGCUUCACAAGGAAGUUUUGGCUCAUCAUCAUAUUGAUUCACCCAUAAAUUCAACGAUCCAAUGACAGUGAAUUUUACAGUAGAUCCAGCACCUCCAGGUCCAAUGCUAUCUUUAGAUACAAAUGGAAAAUGAGAGUUCUCUUUUCUUUCAAUUAAUCAAUCUUAUGCUCAGGUCUACAAUGUGACUGUGCAUGCUUAUGAUUCUUAUUCAACAGCAGCUGUACACACAACUGAGAAUUUUACUCUCACACUAAUAGCUAAUUUAAAUCCCUCUUUAGUCACUGCUAUUGGUGCUCAGUCUGUGGUUGCUCAUUUUCCAUUUUCUUAUACAUUCUCUGUAGCAACAUUUACUGAUGGAGAUGGAGAGGCUCUUACAUAUUCAGGCUCUGUGUCUCCUUCAUCUUCCAUAUUCACCCUAAAUCCAACAACUAGAGAGAUCACUGCUUCAACAUCAAACGCAGAUGCUGGAGUUUAUGAUUAUACAAUUGCAGCAAGCGAUGGACAUCCAGACACGACUCCUGCAACAUCAACUUUUCAAAUUACAGUAUCCAUAAACCCAGGGCCUGCUGUUAAUGAAACGAUUCCUGCUUUUAAUUUUGUAGAAGGAAGAUCAAAUGCAUUUGUUCACACUGCAGAUGCAUUUAGUGAACCAGAUUCCGAAAGCAUCACACUUAGUGGUGCUUUUACACCAUCUGGAUCAUUCUUAAGUUACGACAGCUCUACUCGAACAAUUUCUGGCACUCCAAGCCCUUCAGAUAUCGGCAAUAGUCACUCUCUCACAAUAACAGCAAAAGAUCCUUGGACAGACACAUCUACUGCAACACAAACUGUAUCAAUUACGAUUGAAGGUAGUUUGCCUCCAGUAUUCUCAGGAACACCUGCAAAGAAGACUUAUCUCGCUCAUCUCCCUCUCUUAAUAUCUUUGGACACGACUCAAUUUAGUGACCCUAACAAUGAUACAAUUCAUUAUGAUUUAAGCCACAAUGUCACAGGUUCUUGGGUUUCAAUCAACAAUCCAUUGGGAAGACUAGAGGGAACUCCCACGAAUUCAGACAUUGGCAAUUUCUCGGUCAAUUACAGAGCAUAUGAUGAUUUCGCGAAAGAUUCUAAUACAGCCAUGGAGUUUGAAAUUUUGUUCAACAAUCCCCCUCAGUUUGACGGAGGAAAUUAUGCCUAUGAUGUGUUUGCUUUAGUCCCGUUUGAGGUCAACCUUACAGACAUGUUCAGUGAAAUAGAUGGAGAAGACCUCACUUGGACCUUAUUUGAUAAAGGAGGUAAUCUUACCUGGCUUACAGCUGAUGACUCAACUGAUAAAUUGAUUGGUACUCCCACACAAAUUUCUGGAUCUUACAAUGAGUCGGUAAGGAUUGUCGCAAGUGAUCCGGCUUCAUUUACUGUUGAAGCCAUUAUCUAUAUCAAAGUGAAAGAAAACGCUCCUCCUUAUUUGACAAAGCCUGCUCUUAGCGAAUUCAACUGAUAUGAAGGAGUGAGCUGAUCAGUAGACUUUGACCAGUGGGCAGUAGAUGAUGCAGGAGAGAAUGUACUAUACUGGACUGCUGAAUUUAGUCCAGUAUUGUCAUCUUUAACUCUUGAUGGCACUACUGGAGUUCUCUCUGGAGUCCCUCUUGUGACAGAAAUUCACUCUUAUUAUACUCUUACAUUUAUUGUGAGCGAUUCCCAUCGUGCUAUCAAUGGAGAAAAUAGCUAUGAUUAUAAAGUCUAUAUACUACCGAAUAGAUCUCCAUACGCUAAUUCUACCAUUUCAGAUAUUGUAACUGCUGCUGGCUUGCCAAUUAGCUCUAAUUUUGCAGCAGAUUUAUUUGUUGAUGAUGAUGGAGAGCCAAUCUCGUAUUCACAUUCAGUAAUUUCGACUCCCUCUUCUACUUGGAUAAAUUACGAUGCAACCACAAGGACUUUAAGUGGAACUGCUCCUGUUAAUGCUGGAGUUGGAACGUACACUGUUACUGUGAUUGCUGAUGAUAACAACACAAACUCUGCAUCAGGGGAACUAAAUUUUACAAUUUCAGUUACACCGAAUCUAAUUCCAGAAAUUUUGAAUCCUGCUGUAGAUCCUUCUUGAAUAGUUGCUCAUUACUCUCUUAAUUACUCAGUUUUUAAAUCAUCAUACAAUGAUCCUGAAGGCCAAGGUAUAAUCUACUCUUUCAUCGUAAAUGACACUACCAAGGGGGCUUGGCUUUCAAUGAGUGAAAAUGCAACUCAUCUUCACUUUACUGGAACCCCAGAUAAUAGCCAGUUUGGGAACAUUAUUAUGACAAUCAAAGCUGAAGAUAUAAAUUCUGGUCUUGGAUUUGCAGAGGAUAAUGUUACUAUUUGAGUCAAUCAAAACCAAGCUGCUUAUCUAGUAGGAAGUCCAGUUGCUCCUCCAAACGGAUAUAUUGGAGUUCUGUGGACAUAUGAAUUUGACCUUAGUUGGAUCGGUGAUCCAGAAAGCGAUGUUUUGAUUCACCAGUGUUCAAUAAACCCUGAUCAUGGAUGGAUGAGUUGCUCGACUAAUUCAACUCAUCUUGUAGCAACUGGCACUCCUCUUACUAAUACACAUGCUGUAGAGUAUGAACUGAGCAUUAUAAAUAUUCAUGCACAUUCAGAUAUAGCAAACUAUACUUGGGCAGCUAAUUUUACAAUUGCUGGAAACAACCCUCCAACUAUUUCAGCAGUUACCAACAAGCAGAUGAUGGCUCCAGAUGGAAUGACCUGGACUUUUGGAGCAUCUAUAGCAAACGAUCCAGAAGCUUUACCAUUAACAAACACUAUUAAAGUUAAUGGCAGUUCUUCCAUUCCAUCUUGGAUCAUGUUUGAAGGGUCAGACUUUACUUUUACAAUUGUGUCAACAUCAAAUUCUAUUGUUGGAGUUCAUACAGUCACUCUUUCAACCAGUGAUGGUUUCAACGCUCCAGCCACAACAGAUUUCACAAUUACUAUUGAUGAGAAUUUGGGACCAACAAGUCUUGGAGUUGUUAUUCCUGACAAAGAAAUGCUUGUUUUAUCGUCGUUCAAUAUCGAGUUCCCAGUUGUAGAAACAUUUUUCACAGAUCCAGAUGGAAGGCCGAUGACUUCUAAUAUCAGGUUUGCUACAGGUGUAGCAUUGCCUCCACACAUUCAAUACAACCCUGCUAAUAAUACACUUUAUGGUUCUUUGUCUGGUUCGGAUGUAGGGAAUUGGAAUCUUGUUUAUGUUGGAAUGGAUGAUCAUCCAUCUGAAGGCACAAUUCCUUUUAGACUCAUCAUAAAACCAUGCUAUUAUACCUGAUCAACAUGCAUGGGAGAUGAGUAUAACCAGUGCACUGAUUGUUUAAAUGGGUAUUACCUAGAGAAUAAUCAAUGUACCUCUUAUUGUUCAGAUGGAACUUGGAAAAAUCUGCUAGCCAAGACCUGUGAAACUUGCCACUCAUAUUGAUCAAAAUGUAAAGAUGGAACAAAUACUAACUGCCAAGAAUGAUCGGACGGCCAUUUUUAUUUAAAUGAUACAUGCUACCUAUCAUGACCUGAUGGUUAUGCAAAAGAUGCUGCUAGUGGAAAUUGAGUAAAAUGUCAUUCAACUUGUGCCAAGUGAACUGGGCCUAGCUCUAAUGAAUGAACUGAAUGAGACUCAUCACAACUCUACAUUUUAACAGGAACCAGAUGAAGUAAAGCUACUUGAGUAGAAGGAUAUUAUCUAGACAAGACUGAUCUUCAUUGAUAUGAAUGAGAUCAAGGCUGUGAUGUAUGAGAAUAUCCAGAUGUUCACACAUGAGUAUCUUGCAACAAAAAUUACAGAAUGACAACUCCAGGUAUUUGAGCUUACUGUAAUACAGUUACUGGAUUUGCAAUCAAUGACUUUGGAAUUUGAACAGAGAUAUGAGGAGAUGGUCUUUACAAAGGAGAAUAUGAAUGAGAUGAUGGUGACCUCAUAAAUGGCAAUGGCUGAUCUAACAAAUGUGAAAUAGAAAUUGGGUAUAAAUGCAACCAAACAGUUUGAAGUGAAAUUGUCAGCCCGACUGCUAUUAUCUCAUCUAUUAGUGUUGAAAAUACUUGCACAAUUAAGUUUAGUGAGACUGUCAAGUUUAGUAGUUAUGAUCAUUUUGAAACUAACUUAAAGGCUAAAAUAGAAGGAGCAGAAUCUGAAUAUGAGUUUGAAUACAAAAUAAAGGAUGCCGAUACUCUUAAAACUGCUUCUAACUUCACUUCGUUUCAAGUUGAAGUUUAUGACAUCAAAGCAAGGAUCCAAGGAAGAGGAACUGAAAUAAUUCAGUUUUGGUUUGAAGAUCUUUCAGCUGUAAAAGAUAUUGCCGACAACAACUUAGCUGAAGGAAAAAUAAUUGGAAACCUGAAUCCUGUAGAUUAUAUCCCUAAGAGUGAAAAAGAAGGAGCUGAGUCUAGUGGAAACAGCAUGAAGUUUACCAUAUUGACAGUUUUCUCUUUUAAUUUAGGGCUCAAGUUAUUGAUAUCAACAUCUGCUACUACGAUGUGGACAUUGAUCCAUGCACUGCAAGUAUUCAGAUAUAUUCUCAUGAUCAAUGUCCAAAUGCCUAAAAUAGUUGAUAUUCUAAUGAACUACAUGGCCGUAGUGGUAGGAGAGAUUGAUGAAAUGGAAGAUAUGAUGCCUGAUUGGUUUACCACCUACGUUAUAGACUCUAAAGAACUUUCAACAAAUGUUACAUUAUAUUCAAGAUUUGAGGCAAAUGGAUAUGAAACACCUUUCCUAGCAAUCCUAUUCAGCAAGCAAAUGAUAAUAUUGGUUGUACCAUUUAUAAUAUCGUUCCCUUUGAUCUAUAUUGGCGCAAAACUUAUAAAAUGAAAAUACAUUACUAAUAAAUCAGCAGAGCUUUGGGAGAGUUUCUUCUGGAAUGCUCCAGUGAGAACUUUUACAGAGCUUUAUAUAGAGAUUUCACUUGCUUUCUUCUUGAACUCACUAAAUACUCAAUUUUCAACAACAAGUAGUAAAAUUUGCACAUUAAUUAUGUAUGCAGUUGGAAUAUUUGUGCUCUGCUGGCCAUUCUUGAUUCUGAAUAUCCUCUCGAAGCCUCCCAAACUUCUCAAGCGAGCAACUUUUGAUUCAAAGUUUGGGACCCUUACUGAAGGCUUCCAUCUCGGUAGAACACUCUACCACAGAAGCUAUUACAUUCUAUUUUUAUUCCAAAGGCUUGUUAUCACUGGUAUCUUAGUAAUAUUCUAUGAGACAACAUUUCUGCAGAUAUUAUUAUGCUUCGGGAUCCAGCUAAUGUUGACCUACUUCUUGAUGCGUAUUCGGCCGUUCAAAUCAGAGCUACAGCAAGUGAUUUGAGUCUCAGACGAAUUUGCUAUUGUCUUUAGUAUCAUCAUCCUGUUUUGCCUAUAUCGGUACCAACAAGAUUAUGACAAUAGUAGGAAAAUCGCCUUUUUAUUAGUCGGAGUUAUAGCACUUAGCAUUUUGAAGAAUCUGUCCGUCAUAAUAUACACAGUGAUUAAGAGCUCUUAUGGAAGACUAAAGCAGUAUAUCCAUAAGAAGGUGAGGCACAAUAAAAAUAGAAAGAAAAGAAUCAGGAAAGAAAGGAAGGAAAACCAAGAGAAAGAGCUAAAGAAAAGAGAAGAAGAAAUUCUAAUUGAAGAGUAUAAAAAUCUUCAUAAAGAUAAUAAAAAAGAGAUGAGUGAGCCAAUUGAUCCUUCUGUUAUUAUAAGCAUUCCUGAAACAAUGAAUUCUCCUGAGAAAAAUUUAAACCCAAUAAAGCAUAAAAGGGCCCCUCAUGACAAAAAUACAAUAUCUCAGCGAAAUCUGACUAGAUCAAUUGGUUCUAAGCCUGGCCAGAAAUCGUCCUCAAUAUCCCCUCCACAUAAAAAUCUAAAAAAGCUACGAAACAAGGAGCCCCCUUCAACCAACCCAGAUCCCUUUACUACCUUCUCUCCCUCCCCCUCAACCUUCAAACCCAAACACAUUAACUCUGUGAAGUUCAAGCCAAGAAUCAGCAAAAGAUUAAGAAAGGCCAACUACAGUUCAAAUAAUUUGACAAGACACCAAUUGGAAAUCAUUCAUGAAGAAAAAUCAGAAUAAUAAAUAUAAUGAAAAAUAGUAUUUAUUAAUUA